GUGACAGCGCAGGGCAGAAGCUGUGUGAGAAGAAAGAGGAAAUACAAACAGAAGAAUAACAACAACCAUUCCGAAAGUUUGCACGACUCAUGUCAUAUAAAUUAACUGUUUUACAGCUUCAGACUUUAGACUACAGAUACGGUUCAUUUAGUCUUUGUUUAAAGACCUAUCUGCGCAUGCGUGGAAGAACAAGCUGCUAUAUAAUGUAACAGAGUCACUCCUGGGCAGGUUUCUGUCAUUAAGAACCGAGAGCGCUUCAUUUCUCAGUAAAAACAUGUCGACAUCGAACCGGACCGAGGGACAGUCCAGCCGGGGGACUCGACGCUUCAUUAGCGGAGUGGUGGAAGGUUUUUAUGGGCGACCAUGGACCAUGGAACAAAGAACUGAGCUGUUUCAAAGGGAGCAGAAGUGGGGAUUGAACACGUACCUGUACGCUCCUAAAGAUGACUACAAACACAGGACGUACUGGAGAGAGUUAUACUCUGCUGAGGAGGCAGAGCAGCUGAUUGCCCUGAUUUCAGCAGCUAAACAGCACAACGUUGACUUCAUCUAUGCCAUCUCUCCCGGUCUGGACAUCACGUUCUCUAACCCCAAAGAAGUGUCUGCACUGAAGAGGAAGCUGGAUCAGGUGAAGGAGUUUGGCUGCAGCUCCUUCUCUUUGCUCUUUGAUGACAUCGAGACAGAAAUGUGUGCAGCUGAUAAAGAGGCCUUCAGCUCCUUCGCCCACGCUCAGGUGGCCGUCACCAAUGAGGUGUACCUGCACCUGGGACAACCUGAGGCCUUCCUCUUCUGCCCCACGGACUACUGUGCUGCAUUCUGCAGCCCCAGUGUGUCCCAGUCUUCAUAUUUAAACACGGUUGGAGAGAAGCUCCUGCCUGGGAUCGACAUACUCUGGACGGGUCCAAAGGUGGUGUCCCACAGGAUUUCUGUAGAGUCCAUAGAGGAGGUGUCUUCUGUCCUGAAGAGGGCGCCGGUCAUCUGGGACAAUCUUCAAGCCAAUGAUUACGACCCACAAAGGCUUUUCCUGGGUCCAUACAAAGAUCGACCCACUGAGCUGAUCCCGAAGCUCAGAGGAGUUCUCUCAAACCCCAACUGUGAGUUUUACCCAAACUUUGUGGCCGUCCACACGUUGGCAACCUGGUGUAAAGCUUUCACCACUGAAGGAGGGAGACAUGUGGAAAAGGGGGACGAAGAGACAGACCCCGGCUACAGCCCCCAGAAGGCCCUGACCCUGGCCCUCAGCGACUGGCUGCAGGAGCUCAUGAGCACAGAUCAACAAAGAGGUCCAGCUGGCCUAAAGAAAGCCUCUUCAGACCAGGAGCCCCUGCAGACACAUGAGGACCCUUACGUUCCUGGUCCAGGAGAGAACCCGUUGUACACGGCCGAGCCUCUGACUCUGGACGACUUGAAGCUGCUGUCAGACCUCUUCUACCUGCCGUACGAGUACGGGACCACAGCCAGGACCAUGUUGGAGGAGCUGAACUGGCUGAAGAAGCACAGACAGGCUGCGGCUGCACAAACCCAGGAGAGAGAAGAGUGGCACUCCAAGGCUCAGCACUUCGACAGCAGAUGUGAAGAUGUGGUGCAGAUGUUCAACCGUCUGUCCAACGCCCCGAACCGCAGCGUUCUGUACGACCUGUACCCCUACAUCUGUGACAUCAAGAGCGGGGUGGGCCUGGCUCGAGCCUACGUGAAAACACUGGGAGGGCGGGGUCGACCCUCCUCUCUGUUAAUGAGCGAUGAUCCUGAACCCUGGGGCUUCAGAGGAGGCCUGUCUGGAGAGUUCCAGAGGAUGCUGCCAGGACACGGAAACAAGGACCUUUUUAAAGAGCCUCCGAUGACGCAGGUUUACUGCGUUCGCUCGUACAGCGAGGAGGACAAGACUGAGGUGCAGAGGAUUUUUGAGGAAAUGCAAAGAGAAGCAGAAGAACGCAGCCCUCUGAUCAGUGAUCGCUUGUCAGCAGGAGAGGUCCCGCCCUCGCCUCACUGUGCUUUUGUUCUCGAGGAUGAACUUGGGAUUUGUGGUUCUGCGCUGGCGCUGACUGAUGCCAAAGCAGCUGCAGCUGAGACUCAGGGAGAGAGAAGAGACUCUGUGUUGAAGGAUUUUCCCUCCCUGGUUGCUUUGCAAGUUCUUCCCCGGGUCACUGAUCCCUCUCCAGCCAGGCGCCUGAUUGGUCAGCUGCUGUCGUCCAUCCGGAGCAGCGGGUCCAGAGGAGGCUUCUGUGAGCUGAGACAGGGCAACCGGAGGAUGCUCCACUUCUACUCUGAACUCGGCUCCUUCAAACCCGUUCAAAUAGACGGUCUACCUCAAGAUGUGAUCGUCAUGGCAACAAGCUUGUAAACAAAUGUUCCCCAGAUUGAAAAUGUUCUUUUAAAACCUGAGGAAAUAAUCGCUCCUCUUUGAUUCCUGUUAAACCAGUUCAAGCUUCUGUUUUUGACAGAUUGUUUCAGGUUUUGUGUGAAUCUUGUCCAAUCUGCUGAACAUUAAGAGCAUCAAAUAUUUUGUGUUUGUGUCAAAUAAGUUGUGAUUAUUGUUUAAUAGAAGUGUUGAUGCUUUACAGAAUAAAGUGUUUAUCAUACUCGCA